CAUACGUGUGGCGCACCUGCUCCGCUCACCCUCGGCACGUGUCUCGCCAACAGUCAAACGGAGCAGAGGAAGGGGGAGAGAGGAACAGAGGCAGAGGAAGGAGAUGAGAGGUCGGCCGGCCAUGGAUGGCAGUGGUGCCAAGGCGGGCUAUGCGCACCACCACGGCACCGCCACUCGAGGCCUUUAGCCGCACCGUCGAGCUGUGCAACUUCGGCAUCGGCCUCGUCGCCGGCUUCCUCCUCGUCACCUGCGCCUACUUCUCCAACACCAAGUUCGACGCCAUCCACAUCGGCCCGCUCAUCGGCCCCUCCGAGAACCAGAUUGCCUCGCCGGUGGGCACCGACGGCUCGAAGCGCCAAUUAGAUUUGGGCGUGUCGGGGCAGGACACAACCUUGUCCAUGGAGGGAGCAAGGACAAGGUGCUGGACACGGACGGUGAGGACGACAGAAGCAACCCCUCCUCGGCGUAAGGUAGGCAGUGUCCUGAUCUGGAGUCAUCCAGAAGUAUCUUUCCUGAUCACGGUGACACUUCUACUGGUAGAGCUACAUGUAGUAGUUGACUGUAUGGAUAUGCCAGAUGGAUUGAUUGAUCGUUUCAUCCCAGUAAUUGAAUGAUCCACUGAACCAAGAAA